CAUUUUCGAAGCUCUUCGCAAUAAAACAAAAAAAGAAACAAGAAAGUUAAAUUACAAUUUAAAGUACAUAAUCGUAUUUACUGCGUUUGAAAAAGGUUUUUUAUUUUAGGCUGCAGUUUCUUUUUAUUGUCGUAUGUCCAUCCAGAAUUUAAACACUCGUGACCCCUUUGCUGAUGCAAUCAAGGGCAAUGAUGAUGACAUUCAAGACGGACUUGUCCACAUAAGAAUCCAGCAGAGGAACGGUCGCAAGACAUUGACCACUGUUCAGGGCUUAUCCGCUGAAUAUGACUUGAAGAAAAUAGUCCGGUCCUGUAAAAAGGAAUUUGCUUGUAAUGGGACUGUGAUUGAGCAUCCCGAGUAUGGUGAAGUUCUGCAAUUGCAGGGCGAUCAACGUGAAAACAUCUGCCAAUGGUUGACCAAGGUGGGACUCGCCAAGCCUGACCAGUUAAAGGUCCACGGCUUCUAAGCUUUGCUGCAAAAACAAAGUGUGGAUUUCCAUACAUAUACACACACACAAAUAACACACUCACACAUAUAUAUUAUAUAUAUAUAUAUAUAUAUAAACACCGAAAUUGCUAAAGUUCUCUGUUCCAAUGAAAGAAAAAACGAUACAUAAAAAGUAAAAAACAAUAGACCAUUUACUACGAACAAUGUUAAUCAUACAAGUUAAAUAAAAUUAAAUGUUCAAAUUAA